UGGAAAAUGAACUUGAGAUUUCGUUGUCACAGACCUCUUCAGGCAGCCUGGCUGAAGGUCAUCGUGCUAGAGAGAAUGGAGACAUGCAACAUGAAGAGAAAACAACUCUUUCAGACCUUAUAGAUAUUCAAAUAGAUCGGUAUGCUCUUGGAGAAGUAGCUAUAAUUCCGAGUGACGAACGCAAAAGAAUGUUCAUAAACGAGCCUGAAUUGCUCACUUACAAAACCAGUGGGAGUAAGUCAGAGUUUUAAUAAGGAAUUUAUGAGUGGAUCAUGAAUAGGAUUAUUCGACUUCUUCGCAACCUCACUUCAAGAACUAACAAAUCUUUUGACUAAAGCACAACUGUACUUCACUUACGUAGCCUGUCAUGGGAUCGUAAAACUUGUAAUAAACAUUUAGAUCCUCAUUCAAAGCUUAGAAUUUAGAGUUUCAGAUAUUUAUCGAUGCCUAAAGUAUCUACAAUUCCUUUAACCUGCUAAUUUAUUUUCUCUGCCAAAGAGUAAUUGUUGGAUAAACUCUCUACAACUAUGAAUCUAUAAUUCCUAUCAAGUUCUCUGCAUGUUUGUGGGUCAAAAAUAACUAUUUUUCUCUUGUCCAACUUUCUAUACUUCAAAUUGUUUUGAAGCAAAAUUAGUAUCAUUAAAAGUCUUUUUCUUUAAGCUGGAAGCUUACAGCAGAAGCUAUAAAUAACGGCUUGAGUCGUAUCCAUAGUCAGUAUAAAUCUCCAGAAUCGCAACUGUUUCAUUUCCAAAAGAUACACAAGCGUCAUAUGGAGUUCUGUACUAAGAAAGCACCUAAACCAACCGGUUUGGCUAUAAGGAAUAGGAACAAAAUUAGCAAAAUGGAUCAAAUAAAUAAGAAUUUUGAAAGCCUUAAGCAGGUAGAAUUAAGUUCACAGGUCUUUGAAACGUUAGAGAAAGAACUCAAAUUUGAGAAGAGCAAAUAAAAUGGAGAUAGAGGCUGAAUUAGCCAAGCUAGGUGCUAUUUUUGAGAAGAGAAAUGAAGAACUUAAGCAGAUCAAGCAGAAGAACGUCCAAAAGGACAAACUUAUCGAUGAAAUGAGCAUAACUGUCAACUACCAUAGAGAGGUCGCAAAGAAAUUUGAAGAAGAACGCAACGAGCUCAUGGAAGAACUUAAGAAAUUGAAGAAGGAAUAUGACUUAAAAGACAAUCUUACUGAGAUGGAAAUGACUAAGAUGGAGAAUGAGCUAACCCAAUACCGUAUGAAGAAUGCAUCAAACCUGACAAGCCCAAACCAUUUGUUAAGAUAAGCUUUGUUAUAAAAGACUUAUAUUCU